AUGUGGCGCCGCUGCCCAGCAGGGAAACUGAGGCACGGGCAGGCCGCGCCGCGCGCCCCAGGGGAUGGAGUCCGGCGCUCAUCGCCCUGUGACUGGCCGGGCUCUGCCGCCGAGCUGCUCGGUGAGCGGGGCUGUGGUUCGAGCCGCCCCCCGGGGCAGCGCCUGGGCCGCCAUCCUAGCAUGGCGAUAACUUGCCCUGGAGUAUUGCUGAAAGACAAAAGCGAACUCUAUCUCAGCGCCUGUGUGUUUGGACAGUACAAAAGGACUCAAUGUGUCCCUGCAGCAUUUCCACUCUUCUUUGAAGAGAAACUAGUAUUUGAAAAAGUAUUUACUGAUGUAGUUGAUCCUGGAAAACUUGUUGAGCUGCUUCAAUUUGACACAGCAGUACUUGAACUAAUACAACUUGUUCCUCCAGUGGGAGAAAUUCUAGCCACUUACGAAGAAAAUACAAGAGAUUUCCUGUUCCCUGACCCUAAGCUUACUCGUGGGCACCAUGGUUCAGAUCGUGAAGUUUUAAUGAAGCGGUCUUCUAGUUUUACAGGAAUUGCACCAAAAUUGAGAUUUUCUACCAGCUCCCUUAUUACGGAAAGCCUGAUAAGUUCAGGAAGGAUUCAUGUACAGGAUAAUUUGGAUCGGGUGCAUCAUUCAGCUCCAAAUGGAAGAUUACAAACAAGGUCACCAAAGAAAAACACCCCUUCACCUGAGAAAAACCGACACUGCUUAGCAACAAAGAACUAUGAGCAGCCCACAAUAGCUUCUAAAUCACGAUCUCCAUCUCCAUACACAAAAAGACGAAUGUGUGAGCUAUCGGAAGAAGCCAGACAACGACUGGCCCAUUUAAAUCUGGGGCCUUUUGAAUUCAGAAGAGAAACCGAUAAACCUCCAUUUGUAGUUAGACAUAUUGAACAUCCGAGCCCCACUGUUGAUGUUCAUACUUGGCAUCCUACCAGAGACAGUGGACGAGAAGAUUGGUCCAGGGUAUCUUACAAUCCUUCUCUUCUUGGCAGCUAUAGACCCAAGCAUACUAAAAUUAUCAGGUCUCAUCAUGGGAAAGACUUAGAUGGCUCUUCUGACAGCUGUGAUGAGCACCCGAUCUCGGGUACUGCUACUAGGCAAUUUCGUUCUACUAGUUCAUUAAUACGUUCAGCACCCUCCUCAUUGCAGAAACAUUCCACAAGUCCUGUACUAAACCGUUCUUCUCUUAGAGAAAGAUUUAACUUUGGUUGGUCUACACCAGCAAAUGGAGAAGAGAUCCAUAAACGAGUGAAAAACAUUUUAAGGACACACAGCGCUAGGCAAAGGCUAACAUUUGAUGAGAGUAACUCAUCAAAAGGAGACUCAAGUAAGACAAGAGACAUUUCGUGUAAAGACUCAUUAUGUGACAGUGAACUACAGAGCAGUUCAUCAGCUCAGCAGAACACCACCGUUCACUUGGAUAAUGGUGAAUAUUGGUCCAACCGUGCAGCUGUGUACAAAGGAAAACCCCACAGAGCUGUCUUUGAAGACAGCUUGGAGAAAAUAUACAGAAACAUGUACAAAAAAGCUUGUGGCACCAUUUCAAAAAGAAAAAUACAUUCCUGAUAGCAAUACAACCAGAAAUGUACAGUGCACAAGGUUAUUAUUUUUAAUGAGAAUUAUUUUUGUGUAACAAAUCUUUGUACUCUAUUUUUUAACAGGGAAUGUUCACUGGGAAGAACUUUUAUGGGCUAGUGGGGCUUUGAGGCUGGGACCCCAAAAGCAAAAUGUUAAAAUAAAAAGAAAAUCCGAAACAAUUAAAGUUAAACAGGUGCAUUGUUCUCUUAAGAAGCUAGGAUGGUGCUAUUUCACCCACCCCUUCUUCAUCCUUUUCAGUUCUGAAGCAGGCACUGAGUAAAGUGGAUGUUCCUAUCCAUCAUCAAUGCAGGCUUUGAUUGCAGCCAGCUCUGUUUUAGUUAUUAGCAAUUUAAAUAUAAGCGGUUGAAAGUGAAACCUGCCCCAGUGUUUAAAGAGCUAGUGAGAUGAUCAUAGUACGAUACUAUUUAUUCGGAGGCAUUUUUUUAGAAGGAGAAUGUCUGCUCAUUCCAGGUGUAGAAAUGGAGAAGGGAAAAAUUCUGAUAGUUAACUCUUGUAGCUGUGUUUAAAGUGUUUCUCAGCACUCCCAGCCAUGACAUUUCUAUUAAUGUCAAGCUCUUUUGAAAAUAACUAUCUAUAUAUUGUAAGAAAACGUCUCUUCUUCUUUUUCAUGCAUCCCAAUGUAACGAUCUCUAAAAGUUUCCAGGAUCACUUUUGGAGCUCGUCAGCUAGAGCCAGAUGCCCCAUGCAAGCAUUAUGAAGUUCCUGCAUCACAAUCUCACCAUAUUUGGAGCCCAUCCUUACUAGCCUGCUGGGGAUGUCUUGGCAGAAAUUGCAUCUUUUUGUUAAAGGCCACCAAAUGUUCGGCAGUAGUUGGAUGCUCUCCCUGGAGCGGGAACCUUUUCAGCCUCACAUUGAACAGCGCCCACAUUAACAGACAUGGGCAAGCUGCCCAUCUGAGUGAUUUAAAAGGGCAAGCAUGUCCAUCUCCUGCUUGUUUCUCCCAUUUCAAAAGGAAAUGUGUAUCCUGGUGCAUUCGCUACAGAAGCAGGCAGCUGGGACAGAUUUAGUUAUACUGGUGCCAUCUUAUAUCUUGCUUUUGGACAAAGGAUAAAACUAGUUGUACAGAUGGCAGAAAUCUAGGACUGUCCUGCCAACAUACGGGGAUAGACUAAAUGUUGGCAUACUGCAAUCCGUGCUUUAAUACUAAGAUAACCUAAUUGAUUUAAGGAAGCAGCCGGUGAACGAGUAAGUCAGGUGGAGAACACACUGAAAAGCUGUGCAGCGCAGCUUCGGGAAAGGGGGCUUUUGAAGGAAAUGUACUGAAUACAGGCAUUUCUGCUCCUGGUAACAGCUAAACCAAUCGCUGGAUUAACAGCUCCAUGUUCCUGGCCUUGAUCAUGCUUGGCCCUUGCAGUGCUUUAGAUUUUCAGAGUGCAAAACAAAGAUUAACCAGUUAUUUAAUCCUCUCAACAGCCUACAAUGUAGAGAAGCAUUAUUAAGUCGCUUUUUAGAGCUGGACAUGUACAGCACAGACUUAUCCAAAGCUUGGUACUCACUAGCACAGCAGGGUUUAGAAUGUACAAGUUUCUGGAUCCUAGCCCUGUGCUCAACCAUUAAACUGGGCUGCUUUUCUGUGGCUCCGGUCCCUAUUGGUCUGUACUACAAUAGUUUCUUAAUAGAUAAAAUUGACCAAUGAAAAGAUGGCAGGAAGAAACCAGGAAGACCACUUAGGCAUCAUGAAAAGCCAAGGCAGAAUUUGAUUGGCUCUCUGCCAGCAUGUGACCUAGAGUUACCCAACCAAAAUCUACAUUGCAAGUGCAAGUUGAAAUGAUUUCCUGAUGUGAAGGAGCACUCAGCCGUGAGUCCUGUCUUCCUGCCCAUGCAGUCAACCCCUCCUUGUUCAGUACACCCUCCUGGCCUGACCCAAGUGUCAUAGCUAACUGAAAACUGUAAGCAUACACUUUACUACUGUUCAGGUAACCGGAGCAAAGCUGGUGUUUGCCCUAGGCAUCCUAGACCUGCAGGACAUGAAGCGUGUGCUGUUCAUGGACACACUCUGUGUGGCUU